AUGCAGGAUACUGUGGGGGAUGAUGAGAAGGUGAAUGAUGGGAAUGAUGGGAAGAAAGACGAUGUAAAGGAGGACAAUGAGAAGGUGGAGGACGAACAGAAGGUGGAGAACGAUGAGAAGGUGGAUGAUGAUGAGAAGAUGGAUGAGGCUAAGGUGGAGAACGAUGAGAAGGUGGAUGAUGAUGAGAAGAUGGAUGAGGCUAAGGUGGAGAACAAUGAGAAUGUGGAUGAUGAUGAGAAGAUGGAUGAGGCUAAGGUGGAGGACGGUGAGAAGGUGGAGGAUGAACGAAAAGAGAACGAUGCGAAGGUGGAGGACGUAAAGAUGGAGGAUGAGGCUAAAGUGGAGGACGGUGAGAAGCUGGAUGGUGUGGCUAAGGUGGAUGAUGUGGAGGUUGAUCUGAAACUGAAGGUGAAGGAUUUGAAAGUGAAGGUGAAGGAUGAGAAGAGUGUGGAUGUGAAGACACAGACAAAUGAGUAA